AUGCAAAUUUGGCACAUGGAACCUUUCCCAUGCGGCGAUCGUCGUCUUCCGCAUCACAUUUUCCCGCCAAAGACAAUCACCAUCGACCAACUGUUUCAGCUGACUGGAGUCGUUUAUUAUAAAGUUGACAUGAACGACACUACGGCGAUGAAAAAACGACUAUCACGUGUGAAGAUCGAGAGGAAGGUGAACAGUUCAGAUAUGCUCACUAUCAGCGAAUCCAUUCCCGACUUCAACGAAAAGCUCGAUGAUUACUACGAACCGACAAUAAAGAAUCUGGACGUGGUAUCGCUGGUAGUAGAUGGUGCCUGCUAUUACGACGUCGAACCAGAGGAAGACGAAUGGAUUCGUAUCCAACUCGAACGCGGCGAUCUGAUUGUGAUUCCAAAAGGUGUUUCUCAUCGCUUUACUGUUACACCACAGAACUAUGUCCAGAUACAGCGUUUCCUUCCUAAGAAACCAGAUGAUGUACAAGGAUGA